AUGGAUAAAACUAUAGAAAUUGAAAAAUUAAUUAAAAUAUUAAUUGAAAAACAAAAAGAAGAAGAGAUUGAUGUAUCUGAAUUAUCAGAAUCAAUUAAAAAAGUUUCUAAAUUUAUUUUACAAAAUAAUUAUCAAGAUAUUGAGAAUCAAAAAGAUGAAAUUACCAAUCAAGAAAUUAGUAGAUGGGUAACAUCAGUUUGUACAUUAAAACAAAGUAUUGAAAUGAUUGCUAAAAAAGUUGGAAUAAUGGGAGACUAUUUACCAACCAUUAGAUUUGGUGUAUCAUGGAUUGAAAAAGGUAGACCAAUUCUAAUUAGAUUAUUAUCAAUUGAAAGUACACCAAUGAAAACCAUUAAAGAAUUCAUUCGUAUGGCUAAAAUAUCAAGAUUGGAAUUGAAUUCUAAAAUACCCGAUGAUACUGAAGAUGUUGAAAAAUUACUCACAUCUGAUAGAGAUCACUUUAUCAAUAUUGAAUCAAUCAUUCAUAGAGUCAUCAACUAUGGUAAAAAAAAUAUGAUUGAACAAAUUGAUACAUUACAUUCAAUGGGUGCAAGUUUGGAAGUUGUUCAAUUCCAAGGAUUUAAUAAAAAAACACCAUUGGAUUGUUCGGUUGAUAUCGAGAAUUUAGAAUUAUUUAAAUAUUUAAUAAACAAAGGUGCAGGUGAAAAAGCAUUACAUAAUAAUGUGAAUUCAUUCUAUAAGAAACAACCUCAAGAGAUUAAAGCAACUCUUAGACCAUUCAUAAAGAAACUUUUCUUAAUCAAUGCAAAAAUUGCAUGGAGAUUAGCAUUUGAUGAAAUUUUUACAACUAAACCAAUGGCAACUUCUGGUGGUAAUAGAUUAUGUAAAACUGCAACAAUGAAUGAUAGAUAUAUUACACCAACAAUUUAUGAAAUGAUUUUUAAUAAUGAUGGUACCCCAAGGAAUAACAACGAGACCAAUAGUACUGCCAUUGGUGGUAGAGCCAGAGCCAGGCCAAUAAUGGAAUCAAAUGGUAAUUUUUUAAUUGCAAAAUUUCAACCACAAUUCCCUGCAAUGGAAUUAAUUACAAUUAAACUCACUCAAAAUUUAUUUGGUGAAGCUGCACCAUUUUCAGAGUUAAUUAAAAUUGAUAACUAUCCAAUUAUUAUCACUCAAAAAGUUGAGGGUGAUAUAUUAUCUGAUUUAAUUUCAUCAACCAAUCCAAUGGAUCAUAAUAAACUUUUAAACCUUGACACUUCAUCAAUGUCAAAAUUGUUUGUAUCGGAAAUGAUAAUUAAUUCUGCCAAAGGUUCAUUCAAUGAUUUCAUAGUAUCACCAAUUUUAAAUCAAGAUAUCACUGAUGAAACACCUCAAAAAUAUAAAUUGGUUAGAAUUGAAAAUGAACUAUCAUUUGUUCCAUCAUCACCAACACUAUUGACUACAUCAGCUUUACUAUUUCUUGGUGGUAAAAAUUCAGCAUCAGUCAAUUCAUGUUUGUACCUUUUAAAUGAAAUGAAUGAUCAAGUUCAUCAAGAUGUAAUUGACCGUUUCAUUGGAUUAGAUGUCACAACAUUCCUAACCGAUUGGUUAUUUAGUGUAUUAAAUACUCAUAAUACAUCAUUAGAUUUAUUCGAUCAUAAUCAUGAUUCAAUUCAACAUUUUAAUAUUGAAAAUGAUAAAUCUUAUGUUGGUGUAUCAUUACCAUAUGGCCAAAUUCAAUCACUUUAUUCAAAAUUGAAUAGAAUUAAAAAUGUUCUCUCAAAGAAAAGAUAUUCUGGUAAUUUAACUCAUUGGCAAUUAUUAGAAAUUAUUGAACCAUCAAUUGCAAAUAUUUAUAGACCAUUUUUACCAAAUUAUCAACCACCACCACCAUCACAACUACCAUCACAAACAUUUAAAAUGAUUAAAGAGAAAUUUAUAGAAUUUCAAAAUAAAUGUCAUACUGAAACAUUAACUUCUUCAUUCAUUUAUGAAUCAAGAGGUAUUGUAGUUAAAACUCAAAAACAACUCGAAAUUGAAAGAAAAGAGUUAUUAGUACUUGAAAAGAAAAUUGAAGAAAUAAAGAAUUUAAAAAAAGAAAGAGAUCCAAUAACUGAAAGAAAUUUUAAAAAAUUAAAUGAAAGAAAGAAAAUUCUUGAAGAUUCAUUAACUGAUGAAAUUCAAGAGUUUGCUUCAAUUAAAGAGGAAGUGAAUCAACAUGAACAAUUACUUGAAAAGAUUGAAAAUGAAUCACCAAUUGAAACUAUUUUAAGUGGUUUAAAGAAACAAGCAACAUCACCAUCACCAUUAUCAACCACAACUGGUGUUCAAUGGGAAACUUUAAUUGAUAAAAUCGAUUUUUCAAAAGCAAAUAUCAAUUCAUCAUCAUCAUCAGAUAAUCAUCAAAUGAUUUUAGAUAUUAUUGGUUCAAUUAAAGAUUUACGUUUUUAUCGUAUUAAAAAUAGUAAUAAAUUAACAAUUGACAGUUUUAGAUCAAGUACAUUACAAUCAAUAAAUUCAAUUAAGAAAUUGUAUAUUACAAAUUGUCAAACUUUAUUAAACUUUCAAAAUUCAUCAUUAUUUGGUGGAAAAUCAUCAUUGGUAAUGACAGCAUUAACUCAUUUCAAAGUUGAUCAAUGUAAGAAAUUAACAACCAUUAAAUUGGAUGCACCAAAUUUAGUAUCAUUCUCUUCAACCAAUUGUUCAGAAUUGAGUGAAUGGGAUUUAAAAGCACCAAAAUUAAGAAAAUUAAAAAUUCAAGCAAAUAAAAUCUCUACUCAAACAAUGUCAACUUUUGAAAAGAAUUUCCCAUUAUUGAGUUAUUUAGAUAUUAGUAGAAUUGUUGCACCAUCUUCAAAGAAUGUUUUAACAAUACUAGAACUAUCUCAUUGGAAGAAUUUAGAAACUUUAAUUGCUGAUGGAGUUGUUUCAAUUGAAAAGAUUUCAAUCACAAAUCAACUAAAAAAAUUAUCAACAUUAAACUUUAAAGGUUGUUCAUCAUUGAAAGAGAUUCAAUCAAACAGUAUUACAAAUAAAUCAUCAUCACCAUCACCAGUUUGUCCAAUCUUACAAAGAUUAGAUUUAACUGAUACUUUAAUACCAAUCGAAAGACAUUCACAAUUACUUCAUUCAUUGAAUAAUAUGAAAAAGGUUGUAAUUUGUGGUUUAAAUGAUAUUCUUUCAUUUAGUUCAUCUAUUAAUUUAUUUGAUGAAAUUGUAAAUGGUGUUGUAGUUAAAUGUGCAACUAGAAAUAAGGUUGAAGAGGUUAUCCAUAUGGAUCAAUUAUUCCAAUAUAAUUAUUCAAUUGAACCAACAAUUCCUCCAAGAUUAUUUCAACAAACAAACUCAUUGGUAUUGUUAAUGGAUUCAAGUAAUAUUCAUGAUUCUGCUAGAUUAUUUGAAAAGUAUUGUCAUCAUUUGAAAAUCGGUGGUAAUUCACAAAAAAUUAAUAAACCAAAUAAAAUUUGUUUAGUCUAUCUUGCAAAUGGUAAUGGUGGUAUAACAACUCAAAUCGAUAGAGAUACAAAUAAAUCUUGUAAAUUAUUCAUUAAAGAUUUCAUUAAAAGUGAUGUUUGUGCAAAUCUUGAAGUUCAUUACAUUAGAAUCAAAGGUGUCAAUAAGAAAUAUAAACGUGCUGCAAUUAGAGAAACCAUUACACUAUUAUUAAACACUGAUUCUUUCUCUAGUGUUGUUGAUAAUAAUAAUAAUGGAAUUAAUCAUAAAGCUGCUCAAAAAGAAAUUAAUCAAUCUUAUCAAAUCAAAAUUCAAAAAGAGUUGGAAUCAUUUUAUGAUAAUUUAAUUAGUAAAGAUUUAACUGUAGUUGAAAUUUUAAAUCAAUUAGAACAUUCAAACUAUGUUGAAUUUGCCAACUCACUUAAGAAUCAUGUUGCAACCAUUCAAUUAUUCAAUAGUUUAAUGAGUGAUUCAUUAUCAUGUUUCUUUAGAAAUUUAAAGAAAUUUUAUUUAAUUGCAAAGAUUGAACAUAAUCCAAUCAAUGAUUUUGAUGAUUCAACCACUAGCGAUAACUAUAGUUCCUAUGGUAGUGUUUCAUAUAAAACUGGUAUUAAAGGUACAAUCAAUUACUCAACUGAAAAUAAUGAUAAUACUGAAAUCUUAACUUGGUUAGAUGAUUAUUUCUCAAAGGAUGUUGAUACUCUCUUUAGAUGUAGUACCAAAGAUGAACCAAUCAAUUUAAAUUUCAACUCUACAAAAUUACUUUGUCGUUGUAUUGAAUCUGGUUGUAUUCCUGCUUUCUAUUGGUAUCUCUCAAGAAAUUCAAAACUUUUAGAACAACGUUUCAAUGAAGAUGAAUCAAACUUUUAUUUUGAUUCAAGUCCAAUUACAAGUUUAGUACAAUAUGAUUCAAUUGAUACUAUUAAAUGGUUAAAUUUUAAUAAUUAUUUAAAUAAUAAAAAUAAUAAUAAUAAUAAUAAUAAUAAUUUAAAUAGUAAUAAUAAUAAUAAUAAUAAUGAUAAUAAUAAUAAUAAUAAUAAUAAUAAUAAUAAUAAUAAUAAUAAUAAUAAUAAUAAUAAUAAUAAUAAUAAUAAUAAUUUUAAAUCAAAAAUAUUAAAUGCUGGAUUACUUAAAGCAUGUCAACUAGGUAAAAUUGAAAUCUUCAAACUUUUAUUAACAGAUGAAUAUGGUGCAAAUUAUUUACAUCGUGAUGAUGAUUCACUCUUAUCACCAAUUCAUAUGGCUGCUCAAGGUGGUCAUGUUGGAAUCAUGAGAUUAUUAUUUGGACGUCAUAGUAAAGAUAAUGCAAACUCAUCAGAAUUAAUGAAUUCAAAAGAUCUACAAGGAAAUUCUCCAUUACAUUAUGCAGUUCAAAAUUGUAGAACCUCUGUUGUUGAAUAUCUUUUAAAUGAAAAAGGUGAUGACAUCAAUAAACAAAAUAUUUCUGGCGAAACUCCAAUCUUCCAAUUACUCACUGAAAUUGAAAAAGAUCCAACAAAUAAUAGUUUAGACGCACUCUUUCAUGAAUUAAAAGAUUUCUAUAAUGCUAAACUUGAAAUCACUGUUUAUAAAAAUCCUUUUGAUAUUCUAAAAAAAUAUGCUUCCAUUAAAGAAGAAAUUCAACAUUAA